AUGGCAUCUCCAUCUGAACUCAGCCUCGAUUGCAAGCCCCACAGCUAUUCUAUGCUGUUGAAAUCUUUUGGAGACCAGAAUGACCAGACCCAAAGGCUCGAAGAGUUUCUUUCUCGCCUUGAGGAAGAAAGGCUAAAGAUUGAUGCUUUCAAACGCGAGCUACCCCUUUGCAUGCAACUUCUAACCAACGCUGUGGAGACUUCAAGGCAGCAACUACAAGCAUCUAGAGCAAAUCCAGUAACCAUACCAGUUCUUGAAGAAUUCAUUCCUCUCAAAACCUCAACAUCUGAAAUCCCAGAGAAUACCACAAACAUCUCGGAUAAGGCAAACUGGAUGACAACAGCCCAACUUUGGAGCCAAGACAGCAAUGAAAUCAAACCUCAGACCUCAUUGACAUCUCCAAAACAAACCGAUAUGGGAUUCAGUUUUAGUUCCAAGCUGGCCUUAGACGCCAAACAAAGAAAUGGAGGAGCUUUCCUUCCAUUCUCGAAAGAAAGAAACUUGUGUCCAAGCCCAACCCUAGCUCUUGCUUCUACUGAUAAACACUUGGAAUUGGAUCAUAAAAAAUGUUUAGAGACUGAGAAUGGAUUUUCUUGUCCAAAGAGAGAAAGUUCUGGCAAUAAGAUUGGCAAUGGUGGGGUUGUGAUCGAGCAAGGAAAAGGAGACUGUAAUAAUUCAUCAUCUGAGGGCCAAGCAACAAACACUGCACAUGCUGCUUCUGCUUCUACUAAUACUUCUACAACUCAGACGCAUAGAAAAGCUAGGAGAUGUUGGUCACCUGACUUACACCGCAGAUUUGUCAGUGCUCUGCAUAUGCUUGGUGGUUCUCAAGUGGCCACCCCAAAACAAAUCAGGGAACUCAUGAAGGUUGACGGUUUGACCAAUGAUGAAGUUAAAAGCCAUCUACAGAAAUAUAGGCUUCAUACAAGGCGCCCCAGUCCAAGCCCACAAGCAGCAGGAGCCCCAGCACCACAACUUGUGGUCCUAGGUGGCAUAUGGGUCCCACCUGAGUACGCCACAGCAGCUCAUGGUGGGGGCCCGACCCUCUAUGGCACCCACCCAGCUUCCCAUGCUCCGCCACCUCACUUCUGUGCGGCACCACCUGUGUCUCAAGAAUUCUACACUGCAGCUUCGGCACCUCCACCACCACUUCACCACCACACCCUCCACCACCAACUCCACUUGUACAAGCCUGCUUCACAGGCCCAUAGCUCCCCGGAUUCGGAUGUCAGGGGCACUAGGGACAGGUCUGAGAGCAUUGAAGAUGGCAAGUCAGAGAGCAGUAGCUGGAAGGGGGAGAGCGGCGAGAAUGAUGGUGAAGAAAGAAAAGGGCUGGCUGCUCUGAGAGAAGAUGGUGAAGAGAGUAAUGGAAGUGAGAUCACUCUCAAGUUUUAG